CAACUCCCCCCCUAACCCCUCACCCUUUGUUGCUUGCAUCUGCUUCAUAUAUACAUAUAUAGCUUGUUCAUGAAGCCUGCACUAUUCUGCUGUUUGCAGGGCUGCUAUUAAUCUGGUUGGAGAUAAUUACGUUGCAUGCUUGUCUGCUAACUUUGUUACUAGAUUGGAUCAUCGAUUGUGCAUGUUUGGGUAUGUAAAAAUGAUGAUAAGAGAUGAGCGUCUCGAAAGGUUUUUGCUUCUUCCCUUCUCCAUCGGCUGUGACUCUCGGAAAAGUGUUGCUCUUGCCGCCGCCGCCCAUUCGCCGGACUAUUCAGAACCAAGAGAAAAGGUUGGAGAAGAGAAGGUGUCCAAACUGAAAAUGAAAAGAAAUCAGGGUGUUUCUAAAGCAUCAUUCUCUCAGGGAUUACAAAGAUUAAUCAACCGUUUCAAAAGUUUCUCUCACUUCUUUGUUUACAAAGAGGAAAUGGAGCAGAUGGAAAAGGAAAUGGAGAUAGGGUUUCCAACUGAUGUGAAGCAUGUUACUCACAUAGGCUUGGACGGAUCCACAACGCUAAAUCCGGAAGUCUCCAACUCCAACUGGCAAAAUCUCAAACCAACUGAAAUACUCUCAUUUCCUUCCAUUUCUUUGCAAGAAUUCCAACUUGCCAUGUCUGCCCAAUCUCACACCCCCCUUAGAAUUUAGUGUCCUCUAUUCAUAAGAAAUGUAGCUGGUGUUACUAUACGAGUGUGUUUGGAGGUAUUAUUUUGUGUGAUAUGAAAGAAUUGUUUUGAUUUUUUUUUUGAAGGAUCAAGAA